ACCGAUGAAUCGUCAGUGACGUACGAGCUUGGAAAGUGAGUGAACAGCAAAGACCGCAACUGAGCCACGAGAUUAACUCAUUCGGAAAUGUGGUCGUUGAUACUCGUGACAACCUUGGCAUUGAGCAGUGCUAUAGCAGAAACGAUAAAUUUACCGGCUAAGAAUACUGAAUGGCGAUACAGUUUCGGAGUCGAUUACGAGAACAAUCAGUUCUUGUUAGAUGGAAAAUCCUUUCGGUAUGUUUCUGGUAGUUUUCACUAUUUUCGAGCGCCUAGACAGUACUGGAGAGACCGUUUGAGAAAAAUGCGAGCAGCGGGACUCAACGCUGUCUCGACUUACGUUGAAUGGAGUCUUCACGAACCAGAACCAGGUCAGUUUAAUUGGGUCGGCGAUGCAGAUCUAGUAGAAUUCUUAAAUAUCGCGCAAGAGGAAGAUUUACUCGUGUUAUUGCGUCCAGGUCCUUACAUUUGUGCAGAAAGAGACUUGGGUGGUUUACCAUAUUGGUUACUUCGUGAUGUGCCAAAUAUAAAGUUACGUACAAAAGAUGCAGAUUUUAUGAAAUACGCCACAUUAUAUCUAAAUCAAGUGCUGGAAAAAGUAAAACCACUUUUAAGAGGCAACGGUGGCCCGAUAAUUAUGGUUCAGGUAGAGAAUGAAUACGGAAGUUACAACGCUUGUGAUACGGAAUACAUGGAUAUGCUGAGAGAAAUUUUUGAGGAAAAAGUUGGCUCGAAGGCCCUUCUGUAUACGACUGAUGGUGCAUCCGCUUCUUUGCUUCGUUGCGGAUUUGUACCGAGUGUAUAUGCCACUGUUGACUUUGGAACAGGCGUUAACGUGACUAACAGUUUUCAGUCUAUGCGUCUUUAUCAGCCAAGAGGUCCAUUGGUGAAUUCUGAAUUUUAUCCAGGAUGGUUAACGCAUUGGGGAGAAGCUUUCCAAAGGGUAAAAACUGAAGCUGUUACAAAAACGUUGAGGGAAAUGCUUGAUAUAGGAGCUUCCGUUAAUUUUUACAUGUUUUAUGGUGGCACAAACUUUGGUUUUACUUCUGGCGCUAAUGGCGGCGCAGGUUCGUAUAAUCCACAAUUGACUUCCUAUGACUACGAUGCUCCUUUAACCGAAGCUGGAGAUCCGACAGACAAAUACUUUGCGAUAAGAGAUGUCAUUAGUCAAUAUCUGCCACUGCCAAACAUAUCUCUGCCAACCGUGUCCCCGAAAGGCAAUUAUGGACCAGUAUUAUUAGAACCGAUAUUGAAAUUGCUUGAUAAUAGCCGAUCUCCAUUUAUCGUGAGGCGGAUGACUGCUGAUCAGCCUAAGACUUUCGAGGCUCUUUCCGUUAAUCAAGGAUUCGUACUUUACGAGACGAAUUUGCCGUCUGUCAUCACGGAUCCGGCCACUCUGCGAGCGACAACGAGAGAUAGAACACUGGUUUACGUAGACGACCGAUUAUGCGGCGUCCUAAGUCGUAUAGAUAAAAUAUUUUCCAUACCGUUGGAACGCCCAUAUGGUCGACAAUUGAGUUUAUUGGUAGAGAAUCAAGGGCGUUUGAAUUUUGGCAAUGAAAUUCACGAUUUUAAGGGUAUAUCGGACGUAACCAUCAACGGUACUCCAUUGACCAACUGGAAUAUGACGGCAUAUGCAUUUUCUAACAUGUCCUCCCUUCGGAAUAUGGAGACUAUAACCAUAGAGAGUGGACUUCUCAACAACGGUCCAGUAUUCCUGCGUGGACGUUUUACGAUCAACGAUCAACCAUUGGAUACGUAUCUCGAUACCACCGGUUGGGGCAAAGGAGUAGCUUUUGUCAAUGGUCACAAUCUCGGUAGAUACUGGCCAUUAGUUGGUCCGCAAAUCACUUUGUACGUUCCAGCUCCUUACCUUCGUACCGGCGUAAACGAGUUGAUUCUAUUGGAACUAGAAUAUGUGUCUCAUACGAGAAAGAUGAAAUUUCAAACCGUACCAAACUUGGGUUAAGAGAGUUCAAGUAAGACAGUGCCUACAGAGUUUGGAUAAUUAGACGAUUCUGUCAACUCAACGAACAAUUUUGCUAAAUGUUAAACGUGAACUAAUAUGGAAAAAGAUGGUUUACUAGCGUAGAUUUUCUGUGGGAAGACGAUUUUUCUGCUUAAAUAUUGCAUUUAAUGGAAGAGAGAGAGAGCAUAAGACAUCGUCUAUCUUUUUACUCGUCACUUUUUAUUGCUGUAUAUGAUAUGUAUUUUAUAGAUACAUAACGCUGCAUACUGCGUCGUUACAAAAACCAAUUUAUUGUUACCAAAUAUACGACAUGUCUUGUAA